UGCUUCAUCUUCUUUGGGUUUCUUCGCAGUAAAAGUGGAUAUGCUUUUCGAUGGUUUUUGUGCUGGUCCUACUGUUCACUAGCCUUUUAGGUUUGUUCUAAAUUAGACAUUUUCAAAAUUUGAUAUCAAGUUAAUAGAAAAAUAUAGUAUCAUUUUUAACACAAAAUAGAUAUAGUGGAUGGAAUAAAUGUAAUUUUGGUGUUAUAGUUUUUAUAGUUUUUGUUAUGUUUUUGCUCGCUCAGCCUCCUUGUUGAAAUUUUGAUAUUAAGGAAGCCAUAAUUUGCAAUAGGAGCUCUAAGGAGCUAGGCUUAGUGAUGUGCUUUCUGUGGUCAUUUCAAUGACUCAAUUGGUUGGCUCGACUGAUCUCACCACUUCUCCUAGGACCGCAAUGACAAUCAUAAUUAAAUUUGAACAAAAAUUAACUUACGAUAAAAUAACUUAUAAUAUGAAAUAGGAGUAUUCAUCUGCAGAAAUGUUUUCACUGUCUUAAAAUGCUUAACGAACCACUAUAUUUUCGAAGCAACUCCUUCGACAUAAAGUUAGAAGAACACAAGUCCCUAACUGUCACCAUUGACCGUUGGCCUAGGCAGUGGCUUGGCUGUCGCCAUUUGCCAUCUCGCGAUGCUACUUGAUGUCACACACUGUGAAGCUAAGGUAGCCCUAGUUGUUCCUUCUUAGGAUACACUUCUAUUCUGGACGUUUAACUAUUUGUUACUUUCAACCAAACAAGUACAAUCUCAUUAACAAUAUACUCUCUCACAAAGUGACAGAUUAUUUGCCACUCACGAUCCUCUGAAGUGGCAAAGGUUAAAAAAAAAUAUCUCUUCCUCGUCUCAACUCUCAACCUAUAUAUCUUCCCACUCCUACCUUACGUUAGAAUCCAAUCUUAGUUUGUCGUCUAGGAAGAAGGUUUUGGUUGACUAAAAUGAGAAAUGCCAUGGUUAUUGUAGUUGGUGGGCACAGGUUAAACAUUGGGAGUUCAACGAAUUAGUGUACAGAGAAGAGGCAUAUGGAGGUUGAACAUGUUACAAGAAACCAAUGAUAAUAUCAGUUGCCUAAAAAAAAGCUAUAAAAAAGAAAAAAAAAUGAGGAGAUGAAGAUAAGGGUAAAUUUAUCCUAGUAAGUUGAUUAGUACAACCUAUAGUUAUUAAUGCUAAUCUACUCAUGAAACAUUGGUGGUGUUAUACUGGAGUUGUGCUGUGCACGACUUCAUUUAAUAAGUGUUCAAAUCCUUAUACCUAUUAAUAUGAUAUAUACAUGUUGAUACGUUUUAAAUUGAAUUUUAGUGGGGAUAGGAAUUUGUCAAGUCUUUACGUGUUAAGGAACGAAUUCAUCCUGAGGUAUGUCGUGUGUGCGCAGGCCUUUUUUUUUUUCCGUGUAAUGAAAACAAAAACACUAAUAUACUCGGCUCAGGAGCUGACUGUUAAUUCUAGUGGUACUUGAACAGCGAUAUGGUUUUGUCUGACCAAACACCAGAGUAAUUAAAAGCGACUUAUACUUUAGAUAUAUAAAAAUAAAAAAUAUAGUACUCCCUCUGUCCCUAAAUAUUUGACGUUAUUGACUUUUUUAAACAUGAUUGACCGUUUGUCUUAUUUAAAUACUUUUGUGAAAUAUGUAAAACUAUAUGUAUAAAAAAAAUAAUAAAUACUUAAAAUUUUUAAAUAAGACGUACGAUCAAAUACAAAGGGAGUAGUAGACAUGGAAGUCAUGAUCCAUGGAAAAACAAGUCCUGAACGGAUUCGGUUCCAGUGCAGUGGCCACUGUGACUGCAAGUUAAGCAGUCGCAGGAGCAUCAUUGGAUUUAAAACAGAUGGCUCAUAUGCCUCUUAGUACUGUAGCAUUUUUUAUAUGAAAAUUGUACGGUUCUGAUUUUAUUGUAGUAAACAAUUUGGACCAUUGGAUCAAUAAAUAUAGGGCUUAGAUUGUGUGCAGUCACAAUACCAACUGCUUUGGAUCUCAAUUCGUCCUGAACCCAUUCGCUACGAAAAAAAAAAAAAGAAAACCGGCAAAAUCUCCGUGUGCCACGGCCAUACUCCUCGAUACAACUGCUCUACGGGCAGAGACAAGCCAGUGUGCGCGCGAGCCGCGGCAACCGCCAGCUUUCCGGGACACGCACACUACUCCACUAGUACACUAGUGCCCCCCCGGCCCCACACGAGAUUGAGAUUCCAUCGUCAGCCACCGACCGAAUCCUUCGCCGCGGGAACCUUCUAGAGCGUUCCGGAUCCACCGGCCAUGGCGGCCGCGGGGAGCGCGGGGUCCUCGCCGCCGCCGCCGCCGGGGCAGCUGGGGACGCUGUGGUCGACGCUGGAGGACCAGCGCGGCGGGGCGCGGGAGGUGCCCCUGCUGUCGUCGGCGUGGGGCCUGCCGGGCGGCGGGAGGGGCGGGGACGGGGGCGGGGGCGGGGAAGGGGGUGGGUGGAAGGAGGGCUUGGUCCGGCGUGCCGGCGCCGCGGCGGCGCGCGUGUGGGGCGCCGUGCGCGGCGCGGCGGAGGAGCUGUGGGCGUUCGCGCGGGCCGACCCGCGGAAGGCCGUGUUCGCGGCCAAGGUCGGCCUGGCGCUGGCGCUCAUCUCGCUGCUGGUGUUCCUCCGUGAGCCCCGCGACAUCGUCAGCCACUCCGUCUGGGCCAUCCUCACCGUCGUCGUCGUCUUCGAGUUCAGCAUCGGUGCAACAUUUAGCAAAGGUUUUAAUAGGGGAUUGGGUACCCUUACCGCUGGAGGGCUUGCGCUAGCAGUCGCCGAAUUGUCCAAACACCUGGGAAAGCUGGAGGAAGUAAUUCUUAUAAUUAGCAUAUUUAUUGUUGCUUUUUUCACAACCUUGACGAAACUGCAUCCAAAAAUGAAGGCCUAUGAGUAUGGGUUCCGCGUAUUCUUGUUGACAUUCUGCUAUGUCAUGGUUUCUGGGUACAACACAGGGAAGUUCACUGAUACGGCUGUGAGUAGAUUUAUAUUAAUUGCUAUUGGUGCUGCUGUCAGUCUAGGAAUCAAUGUAGGUAUUUACCCAAUAUGGGCUGGACAAGAUUUGCACAAUUUGGUUGCAAAAAACUUCAUUGGUGUUGCAAAAUCCUUGGAAGGUUGCGUUGAUGGAUAUUUGAAAUGCAUGGAGUAUGAAAGGAUUCCUUCGAAAAUACUUGUAUAUCAAGCAUCUGAUGAUCCUCUAUAUAGUGGCUAUAGGGCAGCAGUUGAGGCAUCAGCACAAGAGGAAACUCUGUUGGGUUUUGCUAUAUGGGAGCCACCCCAUGGCGCUUACAAAAUGAUGAAGUACCCCUGGAGGAAUUUCACCAAAGUUGGUGGGGCAUUGAGGCAUUGCUCCUUUGCAGUCAUGGCAUUGCAUGGCUGUAUUCUUUCCGAAAUUCAGGCACCACCAGAAAGCAGAAAGGUUUUUAGUGCAGAAAUUCAGAGAGUUGGUAUAGAAGGUGCAAAAGUGUUGCGCGAGCUUGGAGACAAAGUCAAGACAAUGACCAAAUUGAGCUCUUCAGAUAUUCUAGCAGAAGUCCACUUGGCUGCUGAACAGUUGCAAAAAAGGAUUGAUGAGAAGUCGUACCUUCUUGUGAAUACUGAAAGAUGGGACACUAGCAAGCAAGCCGAAGGUAUCAAAGAAGUUCUGAAUGGCACUGGCAUUAUGGGAAAGGAAAACAAGAUCGAAGUGAAGGAGCCUACAAUUGUUGAACAAACUACAGCGCAUCAUUCAAAAAGCUUUGCUGUUAAUUCAUUUCUGAGCAGACAUGAUUCAUCAUCAACUGUAGAUUUCAAGUUACUGUCUUGGCCUGCUCGAAGAUCAUUCCAUCCAAAUCUGCCACUUGAAGACGAGGAAACAAAAACAUAUGAAAGUGCAAGUGCUCUGUCCUUGGCCACAUUUGCCUCCCUUCUAAUCGAGUUUGUUGCCCGACUACAGAACGUUGUUAAUGCAUUUCAAGAGUUGAGUGAUAAGGCUAACUUCAAAGAGCCUGUGCAGGAGCCUGUUGCAGUUAGUACUAGUGAUGGCGGCUUUCUCCAUAAAAUAUGCAAAUUCGUCGGAAUCAAGAGUUAACAUCGCAAAUGACCCUACUAGUUUCAUCUGAAACCUUGUUAUUCUUUUUUUUUUUUCAAUACAGUUUUGUUUAAGAAUUACGAACCACGAAAUGUGUAUAAAUUCUACACUUGUGUAUAUGCAAUGAGAAUAUUGCGAGCUUUAUUUUUGAAUGGAGCUCCAGUUUGCUACCA